AUGUCCAAUCAUGUAUUUAAAGUUUGGUCCCAAGAUCGUCAAAGAAAAACUUUGGCAUUGGUGACAGAGCCUAAUAUAUACACAAAACUCAUUUUAAAAGCUUCAGAAAAAUUACAAAUAGAUGGCACUUCUUUAGUCCUUAAUAGUGAUGGUACAGAGUUGGAUGAUGAAGAUGAAAUUUUAAUUGAAAUAAAGAAAGAAACCCUAAUAUUGUUGAAAAAAAAUGAACAAUGGUCUUUAGAAACUCACAAAAGUGAUACAAGCCUGGCCACCACUGCAACUAUAUCUUCAAAUACAAGUAGUAAAUUAAAUAAUUGGUUACAUAACACAGAUGAUGUAUCUAUAGUCCAUUUAGAAACUGAAGAAAUUCAAAAUCAAUCGGUUCUACUACCUCUUCAAGAAAUAUCACCUAUUAUAAACCUAGAAAUAACUAACGAUUGCAAUAUGGAACUUCUUUGGGCUAACUACGGAAUAAAAUGCCCCAUGAUCUUUUACAGCAAUGUGCUGAAGGCAAACCAUCUGCAUCUACUGUUUCCGAUAUAA